UUGGACUAUCGUUCGUGCGAGUCGCCACAGUGUGUUUCUAUCUUUCAUUUUCUAGAGUAUUGUAUCUUACUUUCUUGUCUAUCUUAUUUUCACUAAUUUUCUGAGCAAAACUGACAUAUCAAUGCAUGUUUUUCAUAAUAAACAGAAUACGUUCGAAUGCAUACAAAGUUACUGAAGUGAUACAAUAGUUAUGCGUAACUGAAGGUAUAUUUCUAUUUCGUAAUUCCGUCGUAUAGAUACAUUCUUUUUCGCGGGAUAUUUAUUGACAGGAUUUCGACAUCGAUAAACAUUGUUACAAUCCUUGGUUGAAUAUUUUUUAUCAAGAAACAGAGAUGUUCAAAUAUUCGACCAUAUUCACUGCCAUAAUAUUCUUAUGUGCAUUUCUUGGAUGCACCAUUUCUGAAGAUAACUUGCCUAAUGCAGAAGAAGCAUUACAAAAAGUUUCUGAUAUUAUUGAUUUGAACAAUUUAAAUGUAUCUGGAAACCCUGCUUUGGAUAAUGUUAAUGCAUCUGUGAUAAAACAUGCUCUGGAAGAAAGUCAAAGUGUUUUCAAACAAAAAUGUGACAAAAAUGGUGGAGAGGGUACAUUUGAAAAUGCUAUAAAUGCAAUGAAUGACUUAGAACAGUGCCUUAAAUCAUUUGUUAAUUUCACAAAGUUGGAAAAAGAAAUGGAAAGACAUAAACCCACUGGAGAUUUGGAUACAGUGUUUAAAACUUACUGCCGUAAAACUCCCACUCUUAAGAAAUGUGUUAGCAAUUUUACUACAGCAAUAGAGCCAUGUUUGGAACCACAAGAACGAGAAAAUAAGAAAAUCAUUCAAAAUAUUACGGAUUCUCUCUUAACUUUUGUUUGUUAUAAAGAGGGAGACCGUAUUGCUCUUUUCAUUUCUGCUAAUGGACCAGAAUGUUUGCAAUCAAAACAACAGGAAAUUCAACAAUGUGUCAACAUUACUUUGGGAAGUUAUAUCCCUCAAACAGAUUUCAACAAUGGACCAGGAUUAAAUUCUCUUCCACUUCUUGUUUUUGGAACUAAAGAAUGCACAGAUAUUUCUAAAGUUCAGAGCUGUAUUGUAAGAGAAUUGGAAAAAUGUAAGGAUCCAGUACCAGCAAAUAUUGUGGAUUCUAUAUUCAAUUAUAUUAUAAAAGUGACACCAUGCCAAAAAGUAAUAAAUCUUCAAAAUACUGCUUCUAACUCAACAAUUAACUUAUUAUGCAUGAGUCUAAUAUUUUUAUUGUUAAUACUUACAUAAAAUUAAUUCUAAUAGAAAUUAUUUACAAAAAAAUUCAAAAUUAAAAGACAAAAAUUCUUGUUUACAAGUAUAAAUUUCAUUAUUAUAUAGAUUACU